ACCUGCUUCUAAUUUUCAAGAUGGUAAAUGAAACGGUGGCUUUGUUUAUUCGCUCCAAAACUACGCCAUACGUUUUCAAUUCCUUCAUCGCACUGGCUUGUCUAAAUAUGGUAUUGUUCUUUACGGCGAGUUUUGGAAACAUCUUGAUUGUACUCUCUUUACGAAAGGAAUCUCUACUUCAUCCACCUUCGAGACUUCUUUUGCGUAAUCUAGCCUUGACGGAUCUGUUCGUUGGUCUCUUCACUCAUCCAUUAGCUACCCUGCACUCCAUUUCCAUUCUUGUUGAAAAUGUGCCAAUUUUUCAGUUCACUGUGCGGUCGAGUUAUGUUAGCAGUGCCAUCUUAAGCGGAAUGUCUCUCUUUGUACUGACCUUGAUCAGUGUGGACAGAUUACUCGCUCUCUCUCUCGGGAUGAAAUACAGGCAAGAGGUGACUGCGAGACGUGUUCGUGGUUUUGUGAUAUUUUUCUGGGUGUUAAAUACUGCGAAUGGUCUUGCACUGUUGUCUCGGGAGCGAUUUGUCUUUUACAUAUUCAGUGCAUCGAGCAUCUUUCUUUGCAUGAUAAUUUCGACUUUUUGCUACGCGAAAAUUUACCGCAUCCUUCGUUUGCAAGAAAUGAAAGUUCGCACCACUUGUUCCCAAAAACAAAAAAACAAAAACUCUCUGCUUAGCGUCAAGCGCUACAAGAAUACUGUGUCAAACGCGCUUUGGGUUCACUUGACAUUGCUGGCUUGUUAUUUCCCGUACAGUAUAGUGUCGGGAUUAAAAGCGGUGACUAAAGAAACUUGGGCAGUCGCUGAAGGCUUCACUGGGACUCUGAUAUUCUUCAAUUCAUCACUGAAUCCUCUUCUUUAUUAUUGGCGCAUUAAGGAAGUGAGACAGGCUUUAUUGGAAAUGAUCAGGCAAUACCGAAGUUUACUUUUGAGGGAAACUUGAAUUUGAAAAUUGUAGGGUUCUGGUUUGACUACGGUUCUAUUUUUUUCAUCUCAAACUCUGUUAGCCUCUAGUUACAGGUUGGAAAUUACACAAGUCUCUUGGCAUGAUAGGUUGGCUAACGUUUGGAAAAAUUAACGAAUUGCUAAAGUCUGCAGCGCAUUUUUUGUUCAGCUUGCAACAUCAAUUGAAAAAAAUUUGUAAAGCUUUUUUUCUUAUAUGAUCACAUCAUGAGGGUUUUAUUCACAGAGGCAGACCGCUUAAAAACCACUUUCUAUACCAUGAUAAAGGAUCCCACGUGAAGGUAAUGCUUAGAAAUGGCUUUCAUCUAAAUAGUAACUCUCUGAGCCUUUCUUCACAAGCUUGAAAAUCAGUAAAACUUCCUAGCUGGUACAAUUUGUUAUGCAGCACCACACGAAGGUAUUGCCCAAUAGCUUCCAUAUGAAUGAUCACAUGCACUUUAGGGUAUCAUUCACGAAUUCUUUAGUUGGAACCACUUUGUAAAGCAUAAAACUGAUUUGAAGAGAACCACACUUGGAUACUAUUCAAAAGCUUCCAUUCAGUAAAUGAAAUAGGUUUUCAUUUAUCCCUAGACACAAAAGCUAAAAUAAAGUUGUAAGCGAAAUUGAAAUAGUAUUGUGUAAAUGUGUUGUUUAUCGUAAAAUUUGCAAUGAUUAAUUACAGGAACAGUUAUUUGGUUGCUAGGGAAGUUAAUCGUAAAUCCAUCACUGCACCUUCUAUACGCAAGAUGCAGAGAUGGAUCACCCGGCGAGGUUUCAUUUACAAAUCACACGUAGAAAAUGGAUAAUUAAUUGACGUUUCUAAAAAACGUGCCCUUUUAUUCAACAAUUUUGCUUUCAAUUAUCUUGAGAAGUUUCUGUUUGAUAUGUAUAGUGGCACUUAAUUAGAUGAUGUACGAUUCAUCAUGUUUGUGAUUUUGCUGAAUUCAAGUUUUUUAUCUUUCUAAAAAUAGAGAAGGAAUGCUUAAAAGUGUCCUUAAGUGAUUUUCACAGUGAUGCAACAAAAUAAAAGUCAUUAAGGUUUCGAAAUAUGCUAUACAACAAAGUGUGAACUUAAACGCAAUUUGUGAGCGAUGUCUUCCGGCAAAAUCAUUUCGCGCGACUUUGAAAUGAAAUUGUCUUCCGCUUCUUCGACAUACCGCCAAGAGGGGAUUUUCUGGCGUUCUUGUUAUAGUAUAUCUGGUUAACACGAGCAGGAAGGUUUUCUUAGUUUUGAAGCUUGACACUUGAAUUUUCCAUUCAUUCCAUUAUGACCUGCAAGUAAUUAAUUUAAAGGAAUACCUUAUGUUAGCUUCGGCGAGGACUAAACAACGAAACGUCGGUUUUAAUCAACGGUGUCUAAUGAGCCCGCAAUCUUGAUCAUUUUUUAGUUCAGCCGCACAAAUGUUUUACCGUUUUCUACUACGUGUAAAAAGAGCAGCUUUGUUACGUUUGUGCUGUAAUAAUGUUUCUGAAAUCAUGAUACCUUGUAGGAGCGUGCUUGCUGAGUGUUUCGACCUCCCUCCGGCUAAAUUUGGUGCGCGCAGUGUUUUCCUUUAGGAAGACUUCAUCAGGGGAGAGCUUUCAAACUGAUGACAUAAAUAUAAAUUGAAGAGCUGA